AUGAGCGGUCAGAGAAUCAGUCAUAAGCGGCUGUCUCUGCUAUGGGAGGGGGUGGCUCUCAGCCUUUGGCUCUGCUGUGGCUGGACCUCCACGGCACCGGCGGCCGGAGCCACGGCGGCCGGAAAAGGCGAAGGCGCCCCGGGGUCCCUGGAGUGGCUGCUGUCGGACAAAGGGCCCUUCCACCAGUCACUGGAGUUCACCGAGGCUCUGGAGAGGUACCAGCAGGGCUUCAGCACCCGUUACAAGAUCUAUAGGGAGUUUGGCCGAUGGAAGGUCAACAGCCUGGCGGUGGAGAGGCGAGACAGUUCCGGUGGCAGCGGCGGUUUGGCUCUUCCCCUCGACCCCGACUUCAUGCACACUAUCCGCCAGCUGGGGAGGCGGCCAACCCUCCAGAUGAUUACAGAGGGUCUAAUCAAGAAAUAUGGCACUCACCUACUUCUAUCUGCCACUCUGGGAGGGGAGGAGUCGCUGACAAUAUUUGUGGACAAAAGGAAGCUCAGGCUGGAGUCUUCGCCCGCGGGGGUCGAGGGCAGCCGCGGCGGCGACAGAAACUCAAACACCACGGGCUCGGCGACUCUGGAAGCCCUCCACCAGCUGGCCGCGUCCUACUUCACAGACCGAGAGGGCACCCUGCGCAGGCUGCACCACCUCCAGAUUGCAUCCACCGCCAUACGGGUAUGUGAGAAUGUGGAAAACACAGCGGCGGCGGCGGCCCGUCGGGAGAUGAAACGCGGCAGUCUCGGAGCUGGAACUCUGCGCUGCAGCAGCUUCCCUGGAGCAGGCGAAGAAAACGGCAUAACGAAAACGAGAAGAACAGUGACUGAAACCAGAACUGGGCCUCUUGGGUGCAGCAACUAUGACAACCUGGACACCGUCAGCUCCGUAUUGGUCCACAGUCCAGAAAACAAGGUUCAACUACAAGGGUUGCAAGUCAUACUGCCAGGCUAUCUACAAAGCCGCUUCAUUCAGGCAGCACUGAACUACAUCGGCUGCAAAUCGGAGGGCCAGUUUGUUUGCCGGAAUAACGACUGCUGGUGCGAGUGCAGCGUGGACUUCCCACAGUGUAACUGUCCCCACUCCGACCUGGACACCCUGGAAAAGAGCCUGCUGCACAUCCGCGAUGCCUGGAAGCUGACCAAUCGGGAGUUUGAGGAAUCUGAGGAAUUUCAGAGUUUUGUUGGGAACCUGCCCACCCAAUAUGCAGUGAACACAUCUGUAGUGGAGCAGCUGUGGAGGAUGGACGCUAACCUGCUGCAGCGCUACAGGCAGCUCGAAGCAAGCGCCGGCCAGCUUCUCGCCAAAGCUCGCCGCACAACCAACAAGCUCUUCAGCCUGAGCAAGAGAUGCCAAAAACAGCCAAAAAUAACCCUGCCCAAGCCGAGGCCCCUUCGCUUCUGGCUGAGCUACGCUCUCUCCGUGCUGUACUGCAGCGAGAACAAGCAGGCGGGCGUCUACAGCGACCGGAGCCGCGGCUGCUCCUGCCCCUACAGCCACCCGCCCUGCCAGGCCCCGGUCCCCUGCUCGGUGGGCGACGGCGCCCGCUGCGCCGCCUGCUCCCCGGAGAACCGGACGCGCUGCUCCGCCUGCAACCCGGGCUUCGCCCUCAACCAGGGCUCCUGCCGGCCCGCCGUGCCCGACCCCACGGACCCCUACCUGGGCAUGGAGAGCGACCGGGACCUGCACGACGCGGAGCUGCGCUACCUCCUGCAGCGCCGCGACCCGCGCAUCGCCCUGCACGCCGUCUUCGUGAGCAACGACGUGCGCGUCAACACCUGGUUCGACCCCUCCUGGAGGAAACGGAUGCUGCUCACGCUCAAAAGCAACAGGGUCAAGUCCAACCGCGUCCACGUGCUCCUGGGGCUCAGCUUGCAGUUCUGCCUCACCGGGAACAGCACGCUGGAGCCCACGCUGUCCCUGUUCGUCAAUCCCUUCGGGGGCAGCCACUCCGAGAGCUGGACCAUGCCCAUAGGUCAGCAGGGAUAUCCCGACUGGGAGCGGAUCAAGCUGGAUAUCCCCAUGGACUGCUACAACUGGACGUUGACUCUGGGAAACCGGUGGAAGAGCUUUUUCGAAACGGUUCACUUCUACCUGAGGAGCCACAGCAAGGACCAGGUGGGCGGACACCGGAACGCCACGCUGCACACGGAGCCCCCCGAGGACGCCGAGACGUCCGGGAACAUCGGCUACAUGAAAGUGAACAGCAUGCAGCUGUUCGGAUACAGUGUGCACUUUGACCCCGAGGCCAUCCAGGACCUGAUCCUGCAGAUAGACUACCCGUACACUCAGGGAUCGCAGGACUCGGCCCUCCUGCAGCUGGUGGAGCUGCGCCACCGGGUCAACCGGCUCUCGCCGCCGGGGGGGCCGCACGUGGACCUGUUCACCUGUCUGCUCCGCCACAGACUCAAGCUGUCCGGCGCAGACGUGACCAGGAUACUCACUGCCCUCCAAGCUUUCAGUGCCAGACAGCCAAACUACACGGAGUACGAGGCCAAAAAGCUGUGCAGUUAA